CUUCGUGUUUCUCCGCUCUUUCGUGUUCGUUUGAGGCUUUUUGUCCGCCAGUGCAGCAUGACGCAUUAACAUCAACAACCUUAUUUCAAGCAGACCGCUGUCGCCUUUCAUUGAGUUCACCCCACCAGACGUCCUCUGUAUAUUCAUUGCUAUUAUGGGCCCCGCUGGAGAGACUCUGCUCACCGUCCUCAUUCUGGACUAUGCCAUUCAGCUCGCCUUUUACCUGAUAUCCGCCCCGCUAAAGACAGAAAAGCUGUACGAUGCGUCUGGAGCAUUGACUUUCUUUGCAUGCACGCUCACUGCACUGCUCUGGCGACGAGAUGGGCAGAGUCUGGACGAUUUGUCGGCUAGGCAGAUCUUGGUUGCGGUGCUGGUGAUCGUGUGGUGCCUGCGACUAGGAACCUUUCUGGCGAUUCGAGUGUCAAAAACAGAGGACAAGCGGUUCGAAAAAUUCAAACAUAACCCGAUCAAAUUCUCAGUCGUGUGGUUCAUGCAGGCAUUUUGGGUGUUCAUGACCGCCUUUCCAGUUUACAUUGUUCUGGGAAACCCUAGCAAAAGCCAACGAUCCUUUGGUGCCUCUGAUAUUAUUGGCCUUAUAAUUUGGGUGUACGGAUUCGUCGUUGAAGUCGUGGCGGAUUCCCAAAAGUUUCGAUUCAAGAACCGCCACCCCAGAGACUUUGUUAGUACUGGCAUAUGGCGCUACUCUCGCUAUGCCAACUACAAUGGUGAGAUCUUCCUCUGGAUCGGAAUGUUUAUCCUCUGUGCACGAGGAUUUGAAGAAGGGUGGCAGUGGGUCUCGAUCAUAUCCCCGAUUUUCGUGGCCUGCUUGAUUAUCUUUGUCAGUGGGGUAAAACUGUCCGAGCAAGCGGCGGCGGAAAAGUACGGUGAUCGCGAAGACUAUCAAUUGUAUAGGGCGCAAACGAGUAAAUUCUUUUUGUGGCCACCAAAGAACAUUAAGUCGAAGGUAACAGACCAACAGGCAGCUGUUUAGCCAUGUACUUAGAUCCUGAUACGGUUGUUAUGCUAUAGUCCACGUAGGCCAAUAGUGUCGAUAAGAGAAUAAUGAUCUUACAUACUAGUAAAACUACUGCGUUUGUUCAUGUCUCAUACAUAAGCUCCCCCAUGGCUUGAAUUCGCUGUGAAUUAUGC